CUCAGAGCAAAAACCCUUAACCAGUAACCAUACAUAUAAAAAACACAUACAUAUUACACAUAUAUAUCUGAAGAAGCCGAAGCCAAUGAAACUGUAAAUCCGCCAUGAUUAAACUCCAGAGAGGCUUCUUUUCGGCCACGAAUACCACCACUGUUUCUUCCUCUUCUUCUUCGGCUCUGCAAGUCCGCUCCUUCACGGCUAAGCUGCAGUUAAGGGCACUUCAUAACUAUACAGGAACUUGCCUGCCAUGUUCAUCUUUUGGGGCUAGUAACAAAUGUAGAAAAUCUGCUCUAAUUAGGUUUAAAAACAAAAGCUUUCCUUGCACAUUGAGGACCGAACACACAAAGGUCGGUAAAGAAUUUUAUCCUCUUAGGAGUUUUAGUGAUGGACCUCAGUCAAAUUUAAGACCUGGGUUCGGGAAUACUUUUGGACCUGUGAAUAAUUUUAGUUAUGUAUCCUUUAAUGAGGGUGUGAGUUCAAGUUUACCUUCUUAUGGAGCUUUUACCAAGAGGUUUUUCUCCCAAAAGAAACUUGAGAAUAGAGGUGCACAAGAUGGCGAAAGUGGUGGAAGUGCCUCUGCAUUACGGAUGAUUAGUAAGCGCCGGAAGCAAGCGAAGGCAUUGGCUGCUAAUGGUAAAACCGGAGCGACCGGUUCUAGCAGCUCUAAAGAGAUAAGUUUGGAUGCUUUAAGUGAACCAUUAGUUGGUGGUGGGAAGGACAGCAAAAUCCUAGAAUCAUCUGUUCCAACUUCACCCGUUGGUAAUAAUGAGGUUCCAAAAGCCAGUCGAAAGAAGAAGCUGAGAAGCAAGAAAAGUACGAAGCAAGAUGUUGCUGAUAGUUCACUACUAAAAGAUGAUGCAGCAAAAGGAGCGAGAGGUACUUCUCGAGCAAAGAAGUCAAGUAUUGGGAAGAGUAAGCAGGAACCGUUACAGGCUCCAAAGUUGAACUUAAAUGGGAGUAGAUCUGCCGAAAUAGCUGAUAGUUCUUCUUCUUCAACAAAACCCCUGUCCAGUAAGAAAAGUGGAAAGUCAAGCAGCAAGGAGAAACCUGGGAAAGCAGCUGAGAAAUCGUCACAGAAACAUAAAGCACAACAGGUGGGACAAGUAAAAUGCCCAGGGAAAAUGAGCCUAAAGCCAUUGUACCCCCCAAUUGGAAAAUCUGUUGUAGUGGUGGAAUCUGUUACAAAAGCAAAGGUCAUUCAGGGAUAUCUCGGUGAUAUGUAUGAAGUGCUUCCGAGCUAUGGUCAUGUAAGGGACUUGGCUCGUAAGUCGGGAUCCGUUCGGCCUGAGGAAGACUUUAGCAUGGUGUGGGAAGUACCUUCUGCAUCCUGGUCUCAUCUUAAGAGCAUAAAGGUUGCACUUAGUGGAGCAGAAAAUCUUAUUCUCGCAUCAGAUCCUGACCGUGAAGGGGAGGCUAUAGCUUGGCAUAUCAUUGAAAUGUUGCAUCAGCAGGAUAGCUUACAGAAAAAUACUACAGUGGCAAGGGUUGUUUUUCAUGAAAUAACAGAGUCAUCCAUAAAAAGAGCUUUAGAGACUCCAAGAGAACUUGAUGAAAACUUGGUUCAUGCCUACCUUGCACGGCGUGCUCUUGAUUACUUGAUUGGUUUUAAUAUUUCGCCAUUACUAUGGAGGAAAUUACCUGGUUGUCAGUCUGCUGGGCGAGUCCAAUCUGCAGCAUUGGCUCUCAUAUGUGAUAGAGAAAUUGAAACCGAUCAAUUUGAACCGCAGGAGUAUUGGAGUAUCGAUGUUGAAUUCCACAAGGAGGACCUGGGUUCAGUAAACUAUGCUUUCCAGGCACACUUGACGCAUUAUGAUUUCAACAGGUUGAAUCAACUCGCUAUUAGUUCUCAUGCAUAUGCAAAAGAAAUUGAAAAUCAGGUUACUUCAGCAAAUUUUAAGGUGGUCAAAUCUAAAAUGAAUAAAAUGCGGAAAAAUCCUCCAUCACCAUACAUAACAUCGACACUACAGCAAGAUGCUUCAAACAAAUUACAUUUCUCCUCGACAUAUACAAUGAAGCUUGCCCAAAAACUUUACGAAGGAAUUCAAUUGUCCGAUGGCAAAGCAGCAGGUUUGAUAACGUAUAUGAGGACAGAUGGAUGUCAUAUUUCUGAUGAAGCUGUUAAGGACAUACGCUCAUUGGUAACAGAAAGGUACGGACAAAAUUUUGCAUCAGCAAGUCCUCAAAAAUAUUUUAAGAAGGUGAAGAAUGCUCAAGAGGCCCAUGAAGCAAUUCGACCAACAGAUAUUUCGAGACUGCCAUCUAUGCUUAGGGGAAUACUUGACGAAGAUUCCUUGAAGUUGUAUACUUUUAUCUGGUGCCGCACAGUGGCAUGUCAAAUGGAACCUGCUACCUUUAAGCAGACACAAGUUGAAAUUGGAAAUGCUACUGAGUCCAUUAUUUUCCGUUCCACAUGCUCAGUGGUUGAGUUCCUCGGAUAUCAAGCAGUUUUCAAGGAUGUGGAAGCUGAAGCAAUCCAACAUCAAGAAAAUGAAGGAAAUGAUCGUGAUGAAACUUUUAGAAUUCUUGAUUCACUGAAGACUGGAGAUUCAUUAUAUGUUCGUGAAGUGGAACUUGAGCAGCAUCAUACCCAGCCUCCUCCACGCUACUCUGAGGGGGCGCUGGUCAAGAAAAUGGAGGAGCUUGGUAUAGGAAGACCUUCAACAUAUGCAUCCACGUUAAAAGUUUUACAGGAUAGAAACUAUGUUACCAUGAAAAAGCGUGUACUACAUCCAGAAUUCCGUGGUCGAAUGGUGUCAGCCUUUCUCAAUCACCAUUUCUCCGAGGUUACAGACUAUAGUUUUACAGCUGAUAUGGAGACUGAGCUUGAUAAUGUUUCUGCUGGUUUAACUGAAUGGAAAGGCCUCCUGAGAGACUACUGGACCCGAUUCAGCUCUUACUGUGAAAAGACAAGUAAUGUUCAUAUCCAUCAGGUGGAAAAGUUGUUGGAGAAAAAGUUUGAGGAUUUCUUGUUUGCUUCUGUUCCGGACAGGACAUGUCCAAGUUGCUUCAAUGGCACAUUGGUUUUCAAAGUCAGUAGGUUUGGUGCUGGUUACUUUAUUGGUUGUGAUCAACACCCAAAAUGCAAGUAUAUAGCUAAGACAUUAUAUGGUGAUGAAGAAGAAGUAGAAACUCCUCAAACUCAAAAUGUUGUAGAGGAGCCAAAGUUGCUAGGACAUAAUCCAGUUUCCAAUGAAAAGGUUCUUUUGAAAAGUGGUCCUUAUGGGUAUUAUGUACAACUUGGUGAAGACAGGAAGAACUACGUGCCUAAAAGAGCUUCUCUUUCCCAUAUAAAGGAUGUAGAGUCCAUUACGCUCGAAGAUGCCCUCGAGUUGCUGCAAUACCCUUUGACGCUGGGGACACAUCCAGAUGAUGGGCAACCAGUGAUAUUAAAGUUGGCAAAGGGUGGAUUUACUGUCCGACAUCGUCGCAACUCCGCCACUGUACCUAAGACUGUGGAUCCAAAGGACGUUGACCUAGCAAAAGCAUUGAAGUAUUUAUCUGGUAAAGAUGUAAGACGAUCAGGUCGGCCUAAGAGACAACCGAAGGUUGAAGAAGCCAUUGAGGCGGUGUAGUCGCCGUGGUGAGUUACACAGGCAAAUGCAAGAUCGUCUGCAAAUUGUGACAUUCUUUUCACUAACCAAGUUGUGGGAUGAGCUUAAAAGGCGACAUUGUUGGUUGGUGGUGAUUUUAUCCUCUCACUCCAUAAAUUGUGAAUGGAUCAUACAAGUACUGGUAUCUCACUUUAGCUGCUAGAAAUUCUUUUGACAACAAUAAGAGGUUUAGAGAAGAAAGAAAAGACCAACAAUUUUGUUGUAAGUUAUCGCAUUAUUUGUGUAAGUUCCAUUUUUUUAAA